AUGACGCGCAAUGAUUCCAUGCUAGCCACUGUUGCAACCGGCCUGACUGUUAUUGCAUUGUGUUCCAUCCCAUCGGCCACCAGCUUCGUUCUGCAACUCAGUAAGAAGGAGAAGAAGACAAAUGAGAUUUACGAGGACCGCGAUGGCAAGGCUACGGCCGAGUCGAUGGAGGCCUUCUCGGCCAGGGUGCCAAAGGCUCUCAUCCUCCUGUUUGCCUCGGUCGGCACCGGCCUAUCUGUCGCUCUCGGUAUUCUCUCAACCUCGGACGAGGAACUGGCCCUAGAGAACUGGCUGAGUGUGGGAGCUUGGGCUGCCCUCCUGUUUCAGGCUGUUGUGAUUGCCUCGAGCAGGAAGUUCGUCCAGGCCUACAACCUCGGCAUCUAUACUUUCUUCUCGUCCGUGGUCCUUGCAGGCAUUCUCCUAACUCAGGGCACCGCCGUCGCCGAGCUGGAUCUGUAUAACCACCCAGCCUCAUUCGCGCUCCGGGCUAGCGAGCUCGCGCUUGCCGUUUUUCUCGCCUUCGCCGGCCUGGCCAUCCCCAGGAGGCCCGACGUCUUCUACAAUGGCCAGCUCGUCGAUCAGAUGUACACGGUCACAGCCUUCAGCCGCUUCCACUUCAGCUGGGCGCUCAGUGUCCUCGGCGUCGCUAGGAGGAAAAAGACUCUCGAUAUGGCCGAUCUCGCGCGGCCUAACCAGUACACCCGCGCAGACGCCGUGACAGAUGACUGGAAGAGUCACGAUUUCACUCAGCCUCUGUGGGUGUCACUGGUCCUUGCCCACAAGCGGGAGUUUGCCCUGCAGUGGAUUUUGACCCUUGGCACCUCGAUCCUCAACUUUGCUCCGCAGUGGGUCAUCCUCCAACUCCUGAGGAUCCUCGAGGCCAGGCAUGGCGACGACCAAAAAUAUGAGCUAGAUGUCUGGGUCUGGGUCGUCUGGCUCGGCGUGGCCAUCAUUGCCCAGUCCUGGCUCGAGUCAUACGUGUUCUGGAUGUCCUGGUCCGAGUUGGCCAUUCCCAUUCGGGCACAGUUGGCCUCUCUCAUCUUUGAAAAGGCUAUGAGGAGGAAAGAUGUCAAGGGUAGUGGAUCGUCGUCCAAGAAAGCUCAGGUUAGCGAGUCGCCAGAAGCUACCGUGGGACAAACCACGGCGUCAGACACACCCGAGGUGGACGAAGCGACGGAGCUCAAAAAGACAAAGCAGAGUACCGUGAAUCUGAUCGGCGUGGACGGGAAGAGAGUCUCGGAUUUCUCCUCUUUCCAGAAUAUGUUUCCUGGCAGUAUCUUCAAGCUGGUCGUGUCUCUUACUUUUCUCGUCCAUCUACUGGGGUGGAAGGCUCUCCUAGCCGGCUUCCUUGCCAUGUUCGCCAUCCUGCCUUUCAACAUCUACUUCUCCAAGAAAUACGCCGCUGCUCAAGACCGCUUGAUGAAGGUCCGUGACGAGAAGAUGGAGGUCGUCACGGAAGCGUUGCAAGGGAUCCGCCAGAUCAAGUUCUCAGCCCUGGAGCCAGAGUGGGAGGAUAAAGUUAAUGCAGUCCGAGAGCGAGAGUUGAAAAGCGUCUGGGAGGUCUUCAUGUGCGACACGGCACUGAUUGGCUGCUGGAUCACCAGCCCCAUCUUGCUGGCAGCCAUAUCUCUGGCCGUCUACGCCGUCCUGACCGGAUCGCUCCUACCAUCCGUUGCGUUCGUCAGCCUCGGCGUCUUCAAGGCUCUUGAAGUCACCCUCUCUGUUGUCCCAGAACUGACAACCGACCUCUUGGAUUCCUGGGUUUCCCUCAAGAGAAUUGAAGAGUAUCUGAACUCCCCCGAGGUCUCCGCCGUCGCCAAAAGCGGCCCAGAGGUGGCUUUCGAGGGCGCCACGAUUGCCUGGCCGGCCGAUGAGGAGAUUGAAGAUAGCGAACGGUUCAUCCUUCGGGAUGUCACCGUGACCUUCCCCAAGGGAGAGCUGUCUGUGAUAUCGGGGAAGACCGGAACAGGCAAGAGCCUGAUGUUGUCGGCAAUCUUGGGAGAAGCAGACGUGCUCGGUGGCAAUCUUUACAUCCCGAAAGCACCGCAGCUCCACGACCGGCACGACAGCAAGGCAAACAAGGCGAACUGGAUCAUCCCUGGUGCCAUCGCAUACGUUGCGCAGAUACCCUGGAUCGAGAACGCCAGCAUCAGAGACAACAUCCUCUUUGGACUCCCCUUUGACGAGGAUCGGUACGCCAAGACGGUCAGUGUGUGUGCCCUGAAGAAAGAUUUGGUGAUGCUUACAGACGGAGAGCACACCGAGAUCGGGGCGAAUGGCAUCAAUUUGAGUGGAGGCCAGAAGUGGCGAGUAACUCUUGCUCGGGCGAUAUACUCGAGGGCCGGCAUCCUGGUUUUGGACGACAUCUUCAGCGCCGUCGAUGCCCACGUUGGCCGGCAUAUCUUCGAGAAGUGCCUCACUGGCGAGCUAGCUACCGGGAGGACGAGAAUCCUGGUCACGCACCACGUCGCCCUUUGCGAGUCCAGGACCAAGUAUCUCGUGGAGCUGGGCGAUGGCGGAGUCAUGCACGCUGGCUUGCUUUCGGACCUACAGGAAGACGGCACGCUAAUGAAAAUCAAGAGCCAUGAGCAGACAGCUGAGGAAAUCGAGGCUGACGAAGUCCCGACCGCGGUCAAUUCUGAUGAUUCCAUUGAUGGGGAAGAAGGCGUGACCGGUGACGACGUGACUGGCGACACCUUAAAGAAGGUGGACUCCAAGUCGGCUGCUCGUAAGUUUGUAGAAGAGGAAACCCGAGAGCAGGGCGCGGUCCGGAAGCAUGUUUAUGCCACAUAUCUGCAAGAUAGCGGCGGGUGGGGGUUCUGGAUUGUCGCACUCUUGAUCUACCUGGUUGUUCAGACUUUUACAAUAGGGCGCUCUUGGUGGCUCCGGAUUUGGACUGGCGAAGACGUGAGAGAAAGCGUCAACGCCCUGCAAACUUUGGAUGCCUCGAGCGAGCGCGGGUAUGCCUACGCUUUCGGCCUUCAGCAAACAUCCAUCCAUAGCUCCUCAGGACCUGUUCUCGAGGGCCAUCACGGCCUGACAUUCUACCUCGGCAUCUACGUCGCUUUGUCGAUCGCUUCAUCCCUCAUCGGCACCUUCAAAUUUUUCUACAUCUACCUGGGGUCGGUGCGGGCGAGUCGCAGGCUAUUUGCUAAGCUCAACUUCACCAUUCUCCGGGCGCCUCUCCGGUGGCUCGACACAGUUCCUGUUGGCCGCGUCCUGAAUCGCUUCACCGCAGAUUUCAACGUCAUCGACUCUCAGCUGGCCAACUCGGUAGGGUUUGGCGCCAACGCUUUCCUGAGCUUGCUGGGCGUCGUGGUAGCCAGUCUCUUCGUGUCCCCUUACAUCGUCCUCCUGGCUGCUCUCCUCCUGGUGAUCGCCCUAUACUAUGCUGUUCUCUACCUGAACGGCGCUCGGCCAGUCAAGAGACUGGAGAGUACGACGAAAUCACCAGUGUUUGAGCAGUUCAGCUCCGCUCUUACUGGCGUCGCCACCAUCCGUGGGUUUGAUAAAGCUCAGGUAUACGUGGAACGCAUGUAUCGGAAGAUUGAUGACUACUCAGCGGCAAGCUGGCACCUGUGGUUGUUCAAUCGAUGGAUGGGCUGGAGGAUGGCCCUUGUUGGAUCCCUGUUUGCCUCGUUCGUGUCCAUUCUUAUUCUCUUGACCCCUGGUAUCGACUCCGCCCUGGCCGGCUUCGCGUUGGCAUUCGCACUGGAAUUCUCCAGCUGUGUUAUCUGGACCCUUCGAUUCUAUGCCAACGUAGAACUGAACAUGAACGCGGCCGAGCGUAUCAUCGAGUAUACCGAACUCCCGACCGAGUCUCUGGGCGGGAAGCACCCCCCAGCAGCGUGGCCGACCGAGGGUAGAAUUGAGGUGGACGACCUCGUCGUCGGCUAUGCCCCCGACCUUCCGCCGGUUCUAAAGGGCCUCACCUUCACCGUCAACCGGAAGGAGAGGGUUGGAGUGGUCGGACGCACCGGUGCGGGCAAGUCGUCGCUGACACUUGCUCUGUUCCGCUUCCUGGAGGCGCGAUCCGGAAGCAUUUACAUUGAUGGCCAGGAUAUAUCCAAAAUCAUGCUGCAUGACCUCCGCUCCCGUCUGGCCAUUAUCCCGCAAGAUCCGGUGCUGUUCUCCGGCACAAUCCGGUCGAAUCUCGACCCAUUCGACCAGCACUCUGACGCCGAGCUCCGCGACUGCCUCGAGCGCGUCCACCUCGUCAGCAACUCGGCGCCCACAUCGGGCGACGUGACCCCGACCAACGCCACGGGGCCCAACUCCCCGACCCCGACCGUCGUAGCCAAGAACUCCAACGUGUUCGAAGAUCUCGGCUCGCCUGUGUCCGAGGGCGGGCUCAACCUCUCGCAGGGCCAGCGGCAGCUGCUGUGCCUGGCCCGCGCCAUCGUCAGCCGGCCGCGCGUCAUGGUGCUCGACGAGGCGACGUCGGCCGUCGACAUGCACACGGACGCGCUCAUCCAGCGCAGCAUCCGCGACGAGUUCACCGAGGCCACGCUCCUCGUCAUCGCGCACCGCCUGAGUACGAUCGCGGACUUUGACCGCAUCUUGGUGCUCAGCGACGGGCGGGUGGCCGAGUACGGCACGCCGAGGGAGCUGUGGGAGAAGGGGGCCGAUGAGGGGAUAUUCAGGGGCAUGUGUGAGGAGAGUGGGGAGAGGGAUAAGCUCAGGGGUAUUGUUUUUGGGACUGAGUAG